UAUUUUAAUCAAUACUAAAUGUUUUUAAAUCAUGGGUGUUAAUAGUUGAUGAAACUAAUAUUAUAUUAUAACACAUUGGUAAAGUGUGACAAUGUAUCAGUUGUUAACAUCUGAUAUAUCCGCCUAUGAUAAAACCAUUGAGAAAAGAGUAAAGCUGUCAAUAUUUCGUUAUCAUAAACAAAAUUUUGACUAAGGACCUAAUACUAUAUUGAGGUUUUUUAUAAUAGUCCAAUAACUAAUUCUUAUAGUAAUGUAGUUGUAAAUUAUAAAUGAAUAAUGUUACCUAAUGAUAUUUCAAUUUACCAUGAAAAACAAUCAAAGGAAUUAUGUGCAUUACAUGCAUUAAACAAUUUAUUCCAGUCCAAGGAAGCAUUUAAACAAAUGGAACUAGAUGCUAUUUGCUUUUCACUAUCACCUAACAAUUAUAUAAAUCCUCAUAGAUCUAUUUUAGGCCUAGGAAAUUAUGAUGUCAAUGUGAUAAUUGCUGCUUUACAAAAUAAAGGAUAUAAUGCAAUAUGGUUUGAUAAAAGAAAGGAUCCAAAAAGUUUGAAAUUAGAUCAAAUAUUUGGUUUUGUAAUGAAUAUACCUAGUGAAUGUCGACUAGGGUUUUUGUGGCUACCUUUAAAAAGACGCCAUUGGAUAUCUAUUAAGAAUAUUGGUGGUACAUAUUUUAACCUAGAUUCAAAGUUAUCACAUCCUUCGCAAAUUGGAAAUGAGAGCGAUUUGUUGAAUUACUUCAAAGAUCAACUAUAUAUAAAUGAUAAUCAGUUAUUUAUUGUUGUAUCCAAAGACAACAAUAAUUGGAUUUCUUUAGAUGAAAAUUGAGUUUAAAAAUAAAGGCAUAUGAAAUUUUUUAUUUUUGUUUUUAGUAAAAUUUAAAAUGUAUUAUUAAUUUUAGUAAUUAUGUAAAAGCUUUAUUGUGGUACAUAAUCUUAAUAGAAAUCUCUGUGUAGUUUUUAGAACCAUUCUGUCAAAUUAUUCUGGUGAUGCAUUUGACAAAAAUUUAACUUGAUUUUUUUUAAAGUUAGCUAUUUAUAUAAAAAAAAAGUAUUUAUUGUAUGAUUUGUAUGACAAUUUGUAUGACAAUUUGUAUUUUUUAUUCUUUAUUAACUAUUGUUUUAGUAAAAAUAUUUUUUACUUUAUUAAUUUCAUUGAAAAAUAUAAGAAUGUUAAAAUAGUUUAUACAAAUUUAAAAUUUGUUCUCAGAGUAAAAGCAUUUUACUGCUUAAUGUUUAUUUAUUUUGUUACCACUGUUUUACUAGCAAUGAUAAAUGUUACAUUAAAUUGAGUGCAUCUUAUGCACUUACACAAAAUAUAAGAAUUUAUUUUUUUAUGA